GGGCAUUUUUAAAAACAGAAAAAGAAAUGGCGGAGGUUUCAGUUUGAAAAGCCACUUUUACGUUAUUCACGCAUGGUAAAACCAGUAAAUUAAAAGAGAAAAAGAAAGUAAAUUAGAAAAAAAAGGCAAAGAUUAUUAAAAAUGACUGGAAUAAACUAUGGAAAUAAACAAUAUGGAACUACAAGAGCAAUUAAAUCUGCAAAAGUACCUGUAAAAAUUGGAAAACCCCAAAGAAUACUCAAAUCAUCAAAUCACAUUGACAUAAAACCACAAAGGUUGAAACCACCCACAAAAUCUAUUUAUAAAGCACAUAGAGUAUCUAAUGUUGCGAAAACAAAUGAGAAUAUAUCAGUACAACCUAAAAGAAUCCCAAAAGUGAAUGACGCUAAUUCAUUAAGCAGACGCGAACAGCUAGAGAAAUGGAGGGCCGAAAAAGGACUGACAAGAAAAGAAAAUUGUCAUCCCCUGUUGUCAAGGAAACGUGCGUUAUCUAAAGUGGUUGCAAGUCCUUCAUACAAGCCUGUCGUUUUGAAACAUAAAUCAAAACAAAACAACUCGAGAAGACAUACUAUGGCACCACAUCCUAAAUUACCUGAACUUGAUCUCACAAGGAAAACGCGACGACAAACAAUGCCUAACACAAUGGCAAAUAUUAAUUUUAAACCUGAACAUCAGAACAAAACAAAGAAGACAAUACAAAACACACCUUGGGCAAAUAAAACAUUAAAUAUGCUAGAAAGACUUGACUUGUGGUUGGAAGCAAAAGGAAAAACUCCACAUGUCACUCCACACACAAAGAAAACCAAACGUUAUAUAAACAGUCCUUUCCCAACUCGAGUAAAAUCAAAUAAAAGAGAAGCCAGCUUACCUUCGCCGCCGCGUUUGUACUCAUCACCUGAUGUAACGGAACGUAAAGCAACGUCUACACCCGAGGUAGAUUUGAAUUCUACAUUCACCUUAGAAAGUAAAUUGGAUGUUAAAGAUGUGCAACAACAGCUUGAACAUUUACUUGAAAACAAAGAAAUAAAUAAAGAAGAAAUUCAAACUUCCUUGGAUGAUCUGAUUCACAAAUUUCCUGAGAUAGUACAACAAGCAGAUUACUGGAUAUGUUGUGCAAGAUUAGUUGAAAAUGACGUACAAAGAGUGAUUUGUCUCCUGGAACAAGCGUAUACUUUUAAUGCAAAGCCUGAAGAAAAGAUUAAGAAAGAGAUCUGUCUUUUCUUGGAGAAGAUUGAAUCUCAGGAUAAAGGUGACGAUGUGUUUGAAGACUAUUUAACGAAGUACGCCAUAACACCCGGAAGAAAAGUUCAUUUUGCUGCAGACACGACCAGCCCGGUGCAGUUUAAGUCUUCGAUCAUCAAGUUUUGUAUUGUUGAGUCAAAAACAUUUAAAAAGAGGUUAAAUGCUCAAAUCAAUCGAAAAAUCAUGACGCCUGUACGCAGAUCUGCGCGUUUUCGAAAGUCUGAUCUUCCCAGCUACCUGAAAUCGUUUCAACAUUUUGUUGAGUCACCCAGUGAAGUUGAGAAUGAUAUCUUGGAGGGAAAAAUACAUUUUGUUCCAAAUAAAACGAUAAACACUCCUUUAAAUAACGGCUGGAUGAUCAAGGACGAGUUUGAAGCAGACCUACAGAUGGAGGAGGAGAAGGAUUUGUCAUUUAUGUGAUGCUUUAACGAUGCGUGAUCUUUUUUGAGAGAAUACUCAAAUGAUAAUAGCUGAACAAAAAUAGAAAAUAAUAAAUAACGUAGCGCACCUCCCACUAAUUUGAAAUUGCGGAAUAUUAAGAAACUAUUCUGAGAGAAUUUGGGAAAAUUUCCCAACAACUUAGAGGAUUCGCAUUUGAGCCAAGUUUAAACUAUUCGGCCAUUCUCUAAAUUCUACGGAUUAUCAAAAAAUCACCAAUUUUAAAAACUUGAUUUUUUAAUUCGAAGACGUAAAAAUGAAGUAAAGCUUACCAUUUUUUAAGAUUAUUAAAAUUGUCUUAUUACUCAUUGCGGUAUGGAAGAUGCAUCAAAUUUAAUUCACUUCAAAAGUCUUAUUUAAUUCAAUCAAAUUUUGCAUUGUAAUAAUUGUGUAUAAAAUUUCACAGUAGUAAUACCUAAUCAUGGAAAAACAUGGAUAUUCGAUGUUUUAAACCAUGGAAAACACUUUGAUUUUUAUCUUGAUGGGGUUGUGUAUUUAAAUUUUAAAUGUAAUUAUUUUAACGUUUAACAUUGAAUGCAAACUUAAAAUUUAGUGUAAUUUAGUAGCGAUCAUUUCAUGAAAUUUAUGAAGUGCAAAGCUUUUGUAGAUAUAAUGUAGCAUAUAUUUUCUUAUGUAUAAAACAAAACCUUGACCGCUAA